ACCGCCCCCACAGAAAUGGAACCGCCGGCAGCGGCGACCACCGCCACCAAAAUCACAAAGAAGCACCACAGGCACGUAAACAACCCGUUCCCAUCGCCACCCAAAUCCCUCCCGUUCCUCACCGGCGGUCUGACUUUCAACCCUGUGACGAUCCCUCCUUCGCCGGCCGACUUCCCGAUCGGACGGGAUUUCCGGCUUCACUGGAGCCCCAAACAUGGUGGGUUGGUGUCCGUGACGCACAAAUCACGGCCGGAGAGGUCAAUCUGGAGCACGGUUCCUGGGCAGGCAUUCGUCUCUGCCGCGGCGGUGGAAACAGAGGUGGAGGAAAGCAGGGGAUCGUUCGCCGUGAAAGACGGGGAUGUACACUUGGCCUUCGACCACCAAUCGGUCGACGAGAUCCGGGUUGUUGGGUCGGAGACUGAGUCGCCGGCCGCGAUGCUGACCGGUCGGGUCUUCGGAGCGAACCGGAAGAGGCAGAGUAAAAACAGAGAUGCUCUGUUUUUUCCCCACCGGGAAGCGAGGUACACGAUUCUGUUCAGCCAGACGAGCGGGAACGAGGUCGGGUUCGAGAUUCGGAUCGGUGACCCGAACGUAAUUGGGAUUCAGAAUCCUGAAAGCGGAAGGAGGCUGAUGAGGACGACGAGCAUCAAGAAGAGCUGGAAGAAGGCGAAGAAGGGUAAGAAGAAGAAGAGGAAAUUGGGGUUUUGGCGGUCUUGCUCGUGGAAUCCGAGAGGGUUCGCGGCGGUUACAUCGUCGGAAGAUCAGGAAACUGCAGCGGCGGCGGCGACGGCGACGACGACGCCGGCGGUCAGGGAAUUGAACAGGGUGGUUGUGACGUAUUCGAGCGACCGAGACGAGAUGUUUUAUGGGUUCGGAGAGCAAUUCUCUCACAUGGAAUUCAAAGGAAAAAGGGUUCCGAUCUUCGUUCAGGAACAGGGGAUCGGCAGAGGCGAUCAGCCCAUUACUUUCGCCGCUAAUUUGGUCAGCUACAGAGCUGGGGGAGAUUGGAGCACAACUUAUGCACCAUCGCCAUUCUACAUUACCUCCACAAUGAAAUCCCUCUAUCUCCAAGGCUACAAUUACUCUGUUUUCGAUCUCACAAGGCACGACCGAGUUCAAAUACAGAGCCACGGUAAUCGGAUGGAAGGCAGGAUCCUCCACGGCGACACGCCGACGGAGCUCAUCGAGCGGUUCACUGCCUCUAUCGGCCGGCCACCGAUGCUCCCCAAGUGGAUACUUUCCGGCGCGGUGGUGGGAAUGCAAGGCGGGACAGAAGCCGUGAGGGAAAUCUGGGGAAAGUUGGAAGGCUACGAAGUGCCCAUAUCGGCGUUCUGGUUGCAGGAUUGGGUUGGACAGAGGGAGACCGUGAUCGGAUCUCAGCUAUGGUGGAAUUGGGAAGUUGAUAAUGACAGGUAUGGAGGGUGGAAAGAGUUGGUGCGAGAUCUCGGCGAUCGGAAUGUCAGAGUCAUGACUUACUGCAACCCCUGUUUGGCCCCUACGGAUGGGAAGAUGAACAGAAAGAGGAGCCAUUUCGAGGAAGCCAAGAAACUGGACAUACUGGUGAAGGACAGAGAUGGGCAGCCAUACAUGGUCCCCAACACGGCCUUCAGCGUCGGGAUGCUGGAUUUCACCCACCCAAAAGCUGCAAGUUGGUUCAAGCAAGUACUGAAAGAGAUGGUCGACGACGGAGUCAGAGGCUGGAUGGCCGAUUUCGGCGAGGGACUCCCCGUCGACGCCACUCUGUUUUCGGAGGAAUGUCCGAUCGAGGCUCACAACAGGUACCCUGAGCUCUGGGCACAGGUGAACAGAGAGUUCGUCGAAGAAUGGAAAUCAAAUCGGGGAGAAGAAGAUGAAGAAGAAGAUUCGUUGGUGUUCUUCAUGAGGGCAGGGUUCAGAGACAGCCCCAAAUACGGGAUGUUGUUUUGGGAAGGGGAUCAGAUGGUGAGCUGGCAGAGGAACGACGGCAUCAAAAGCGCCGUCGUCGGGCUUCUCAGCGGCGGCGUCUCCGGCUAUGCGCUCAACCAUAGUGACAUCGGAGGGUAUUGCGCCGUCGACGUGCCUUUCCUCUUUGGCAAGUACCGCCGGAGCGAGGAGCUUCUCAUGCGGUGGAUGGAGCUCAGCGCCUUCACCGCCGUCUUCCGCACCCACGAGGGGAACAAGCCGACUAGCAACGCUCAGUUCUACUCCAACCACAAUACGUUGUCGCAGUUUGCGCGUUGCGCCAAGUUGUACAAGGCGUGGUAUUUUUAUCGAGUUCAGCUUGCUAAGGAAGCGUCGGAGAAAGGGCUGCCGAUCUGCCGGCACGUGUUCCUCCACUACCCUAACGACAGGAUCGCCGGGAAGCUGACGUACCAGCAGUUCCUGGUCGGAACGGAGAUUCUGGUCGUGCCGGUGUUGGAUAAGGGGCAGAAGAAGGUGAAGGCCUAUUUCCCAAAGGCUGGAAAUUCAUCUUCUUGUUGUAGUUGGCAGCAUAUUUGGUCUGGGGAAAGGUACAGAGAGGAGGGUUACGAAGCUUGGGUCGAUGCUCCGAUGGGGUUUCCGGCCGUGUUUGUUAGAGCUGGAUCUUCUGUUGGAGAUGAACUUCUGAGCAAUCUCAGGAGUUUUGGGAUCUUAUAACAAACACCCUUCGACGUUUUGUAAUUGUGUAUACUUCGAUUCGUACAAAUCAAUCAUUUAUUCAAUGGGUUUUUGGUGUUGGG